UUUCACCUUAAACUGCUUGCCAAAUGUGAUGGUGUUUUGUUUCUGGGCACAGAACCAUCAGGAAGCCAAUUUUUCUUGUCAGGAAUUGUAGUGUUUAUUUUAUAGUGGCAUUGUGUUAGUGAAUAUAGCCUCGUAUGCCGCAAAAGUAGUAUAACUGUUUGCUGUAAAAUUCUUUAAAAUGAUAAAAUUGUUUUCUUUGAAACAACAGAAAAAAGAUGGUGAAACAGCUCCAAAAACUGGAAACCAGAAGAAACCUUCAGCAGCACAAUUACGAAUUACGAAAGAUAUAAAUGAACUUAAUUUACCCAAGACAUGUAAUACGGAGUUUCCAGAUCCAGAUGAUUUGCUGACAUUCAAGCUUAUUAUAUGCCCAGAUGAGGGCUUUUACAGAGGAGGACGUUUCAGUUUUAGCUUCAAAGUUGGGCCAAACUACCCGCAUGAGCCACCUAAAGUAAAAUGUGAAACUCCAGUAUACCAUCCAAAUAUUGACCUGGAAGGCAAUGUUUGUCUGAACAUCUUGAGGGAAGACUGGAAACCAGUACUCACAAUCAAUUCCAUAGUUUAUGGACUACAAUAUUUAUUUUUGGAGCCAAAUCCUGAAGACCCACUGAAUAAGGAAGCUGCAGAAGUGCUUCAGAACAACAGGCGCCUCUUUGAACAGAAUGUGCAGAAGGCAAUGAGAGGUGGUUAUGUUGGUUCAGUGUACUUUGAACGAUGUUUAAAAUGAUGUGUAAUGCACAGAAAAGACACUUAUCAAAGAAAGUUGAUGACUGACAAGAGUCUACCCCAGGAAAUUGCAGCUUAUUUCCUUGAGGUGGAAGGGAACCGGUUUCAGCUGCUGUUGGAUGCUAUUUGUAACCAGGAUUGGAUAAUGCAUAUACUCUGCUUUAUACAUAACACCUCAACCACAAAACAAUAGAAAUUUCAUUGUCCCCCUAAGUUCAGACAAACAGUAAUCUUGUGUAUACUUUUAAUUCACUCAUGAUAACUGCAAUAAAGAAAGCCUUUUUAUGCAUGGAAACAGUUCCCACACAGAAAUACUGACUUUACUUAUGGUUGAUUUUAAUUGUGUUUAUGAAAUUUAUGGUCUUUGCUUUUUGAAUAAUUUUUGUUUAAUAUUUAUGUGAUUUGUUGGUCUGUAGUGUUUCCCCAGAAAGAAAAUGGCUGUUUUAUUAGGAUUUGAUCCUAUUGGAUUAAAUUUAGGAUCUCAAUAUCAAAAGAAUUUUCAAUUUACUGCUCUUUUAGCUUGAAAUUAUUAAAAAAAUCAUACUGAGGCCAUUACCAAAGCAAAUGCAUUUCUUUGGCUACUAAUUAGUAUACUGUAGGCUGUUUCAUAAAUUUAUUCUGCAAAAUAAAUUAAUACUGAUAGAUAUAUGAUUGUAACAUCUA